CCGACUCCUUCGCAAUCCAUUCAAGUCACGCAAAGCACACGAGCAGCUGCGCAUACUAAUUCAAUGGCGGUCAUGUCACGGUUGAAGAGGCUGGCGGCGCCCGCGCUGCUGGUGCUGCUUGCGCUGGCGGCGUCCGCGGCCGUGGCGGCGAAGACGACGCAGGACGGCGCGGAGGCGGCGCCGGGCAAGGAUGAAGAGUCGUGGACGGGGUGGGCCAAGGACAAGCUCUCCGAGGGGCUCGGCCUGGACAAGAUCUCCGAGGGGCUGGGGCUCAAGCACGACGCUGACGAGGAGGCCGCGCGCGAGACCGUCCAGCACACCGCCUCCGAGACGGGGAGUCAGGUGAGCGGCAAGGCAGCGGACGCCAAGGAGGCGGCCAAGGGAACGGUCGGGGAGAAGGCAGGGGCGGCCAAGGACGCCGUGUUGGAGAAGACGGAGUCCGCCAAGGACGACGCGUGGGAGACAGCGGAGGCGGCCAAGGGGAAGGCCAACGAGGGAUACGAGAAGAUGAAGGAGAAGGCGUGGGAGGCCGUCGACGCUACCAAGGAGAAGCUCGGGGAGGUGAAGGACAAGGUCACCGGCGCGGCAGCCGACGGCAAGGACAAGACGCACCGCAAGGAUGACGAGCUGUGAAUGAGGACAAUCGAGCCGCAUUUCUUGCCAUACUUGUUCUUUCGAGAAUGUUUUCAGUGUUCGCGCUAGUAUUUUAUGCUGUUCCUCUUGUACAAUAAUGUGACCAUCUGUAGAGAACCCUGCACGAUCGAACAAGCUUC